UAUUCCUUGAGAGGGUGGGUUCGGGCAUAAACACAAAGCUUCUUUAUGCAAAGAUAUGAAACUCUCAGUUUCACUCUGCACAACUAUUCUGCCAAUUAUAUAUCUCUCUUCUUCACCCGCGAAAUAACUUGCUUACUCUCUCUAUUUCGAAAUAUAUAGAAAUCUUGAUCCUUAAUGGCUUCCAGGGGCGUAUUUUUCUUUCUUGUGAUGACACUUUGUGCGUACAAUUCUUGCCAAGCAAAAGCAAUGAUGCAGUCGCAGUUCUUAACUCUCAUGAAGAAAUCACUCUCAGCCAGCGACGAAAUCCCUGUUUGCAAUUAUACUGGGAUUUCUUGUGAUGAUGACGAAAACAUUGUGCAAAUUGAUAUCUCUGGGUGGUCAGUUUCUGGUAAGUUUCCUACCCAUGUAUGCUCAUAUUUACCGAAACUGCGAGUUCUUCGUGUUGGCCACAACUUGCUCCAUGGGGAGUUUAGUCGAGAUAUCCUCAACUGCUCUCUCUUGGAGGAGCUGAACAUUACAUAUGCUCAUCUCACUGGAACAUUGCCAGAUUUGUCUCCUUUAAAAUCCUUGAGAUUGCUUGACCUUUCUUACAACUCGUUCACUGGUAAGUUCCCUUUGUCUGUUACCAAUCUUACCAAUCUGGAAGUGUUAAAUUUUAAUGAAAAUGGUGGUUUCGAUUUAUGGCAACUGCCGGAGAAUAUAUCCCGGCUCACAAAACUAAAGUCCAUGAUAUUGUCAACAUGUAAGUUGCGUGGCGAAAUUCCACCCUUCAUAGGAAACGUGGCGUCUCUGAUAGAUCUUGAAUUAAGUGGAAAUCGUCUGACUGGAAAGAUUCCGGCAGAACUUGGUUUGCUGAACAACUUGCAACAGCUUGAGCUUUACUAUAACCAACUCGAUGGUGAAAUACCUCGAGAGCUCGGGAAUCUGACUCAACUAAGAGACUUGGACAUAUCUGUCAACAAGUUGAAGGGCAGAAUUCCCGAGUCCUUAUGCCAACUUCCCAAGAUUGAAGCAUUUCAGCUUUACAACAAUAGUCUAACAGGGGAAAUUCCUGCAGUUUUGGCGAAUUCGACCACCUUAAAUGUGUUAUCUCUUUACGACAAUUUGUUGACAGGGGAAAUCCCAGAAAAUCUUGGAAGGUCAUCAGUCAUGAUUGGCUUGGACUUGUCUGAAAAUCAGCUAUCUGGGAAGUUACCGGAAGGGUUAUGUGACGGUGGAAAAUUGCUGUAUCUCCUAGUCCUUAAGAAUUUGUUUUCUGGUGAAGUGCCCCCAAGUUAUGCAAAAUGUGAGUCUCUUAUUCGAUUUCGGGUUAGUAACAACAAUUUGGUUGGCGAAAUACCGCAAGGGAUUCUAGCACUUCCACAUGCUUCAAUCAUUGAUGUGGGAUAUAAUCACUUGAGUGGUUCUAUUCCUAGAACCAUUUCGAAUGCUAAAAACUUGUCAGAGUUGUUCAUGCAGAGCAACAGGAUUUCUGGUGUUAUACCUUCUGAAAUCUCUUUGGGUAUAAAUCUAGUCAAGAUUGAUCUCAGCAACAAUCUUUUGACUGGUUCCAUACCGUCUGAGAUUGGAAACUUAAGAAGACUCGAUUCAUUGCUAUUACAAGGUAACAAGUUAAAUUCUUCCAUCCCCGACUCACUUUCUUCACUCAAGUCCCUCAAUGUUCUUGAUCUCUCUAGCAAUCUCUUGACGGGAAAUAUCCCAGAAAGCCUUUGUUAUCUGUUACCUAAUUCGUUCAACUUUUCGAACAAUCAGCUUUCUGGUCCUAUUCCUGUCUCAUUCAUAAAGGGAGGACUACUAGGAAGUUUUUCAGGCAAUCCAAGCCUAUGUGUGCCUUCCUAUCUAAAAUCAUCUGACCCAAAUUUCUCCCUUUGCUCGAAAUCUUAUGACCGGAGGAAAAUAAAUUAUAUUUGGGUGAUAGGAAUUUCAGUGGGUAUCAUUUUUGUUGGAAUUGUCCUCUUUUUGAAGAGAUGGUUUAGCAAAGAGAGGGCAACGAUACAAAAUGAGGAUACAUUAUCAACUUCAAUUUUCUCAUAUGAUGUUAAAAGUUACCAUAGGUUAAAUUUUGAUCAGUGCGAGAUAAUUGAAAGCAUGCUUGAUAAAAACAUUUUGGGUUAUGGAGGAUCUGGGACUGUGUACAAAAUCGAGUUGAAAAAUGGGGAAGUUUUAGCUGUAAAGAAGCUGAGGAGUCGAAAAGGUAAAAAUUCUGCAUCAGAAGAUCAAGUCAUAGUGGACAAGGAACUGAAAACUGAGGUCGAGACUCUUGGAAGCAUAAGGCACAACAACAUUGUGAAGUUGUAUAGCUACUUCUCCAGUGUAGAAUGCAGUCUGCUGGUUUACGAGUACAUGCCAAAUGGAAAUCUUUGGGAUGCAAUCCAUGGAGGGAAAGUCCUUUUGAACUGGCCUGCUCGACAUAAAAUUGCCCUCGGAAUUGCUCAGGGUUUGGAAUACCUCCACCAUGAUUUAGUAACACCAAUUAUUCACAGGGACAUCAAGUCCACCAAUAUCCUGUUGGAUGUCAAUUACCAGCCAAAAGUUGCAGAUUUCGGAAUCGCCAAAGUGUUGCAAGCAAGAGGAAGCAAGGAUUCCACAACGACUGUAAUAGCAGGAACUUAUGGUUACUUGGCACCAGAGUAUGCAUAUUCUUCCAAAGCAACCACAAAGUGUGAUGUCUAUAGUUAUGGAGUUGUAUUAAUGGAACUAAUAACUGGGAAGAAGCCGGUAGAGGCAGAGUAUGGGGAAAACAAGAAUAUCAUAAACUGGAUUUCGAGCAAGGUGAAGACAAAGGAAGGAGCUAUGGAGGUCCUAGAUAAAAGAGUAUCGGAAUCAUUCGAGGACGAAAUGAUCAAGGUGCUAGCCAUACGUUGUACAUGUAGGACGCCAACGGUCCGUCCCACGAUGAACCAAGCUGUUCAAUUUUUGAUUAAGGCAGGGGCAUGUCCUUGAACAAUCCAUAGCAUUUGUGAUUUUUAAGUUCUCAUUUUUCCAUCCAGAUGAAUAGAUUCUGUCUCACCUUACUUUAUUUUUCUUGGCAUGUUGUAAAUAAUUGAGAAAUUUUAUUAGUGAAUGCUUUAUGACAAAGCUAGCAUCCAUAUUUGUAAAGGAAAAAAAAAUAAAAUUCCCUAGCUUUUAAAAGGA